AUGUCGCGCUCUGGCUCGCCACAGCUCCUCUCACCCUUGUUUGACAUGCCGGGAGCGCCGCGUAUGGGUUUCCUUCCGUUUGAAACCUUCGAAGACGAUGCGCCCGUCUAUCUCGAUGCGAUCCCGCUCGUCGUCACGGGCGACUACCAGUUCUACCCUUCGGUUUUCACUCCGCCUCCGUCCCCGGCUACCCUCGUGCGCGACGUGGAGCAAGCCGGCCAUAUGCUGCAGGUUUGGGACGAGGUGAUCACCGGCGAAUCCGUCCUGUUCAGUGCAAAUCCGGCCAACUACGCGAACCACACGGCUCCCACCGUUCACGUUCACACACAGCCCGUUGUCGUCGUCCCUCCCACGCCACCGCUUUCCCCCGUCACUCUCUCACUCAGCUUCGACGAGUUCGACGACGGCUCCUCCUCCAGCGACGAGUCGAGCAUUGCAACUCCGCCAUCAUCACCGAAGCUCGCGCCCAAGAUCGCGAUCAUCGUGCCCGAUGAGCCGAAGCCCGUUCUGGCCAAGCGCCAGCGGGACACCUUCGAGGAAGUGGAUGCACCCUCGCCGAAGAGGUCGUGCUCGGCACCACCGUCACCACCACGCCUAGCGCCGCGCCCCCGACGUCUCGGGGCGACGCGGUCGCUCAACAACAUCGGGGAACUCGAGUCCUCGCGGUCGGUUGGGCCCACGCAGGGCUCAACCUUCCCAUCUAUUUGA